AUGGCCAUGGCCGCGCGGCCGGAUAUACCUGCGCAAGACGGGUACGGCUCGGUCCCGCACCCCACGGAUCCAACGCACCUGAGCAAAGGCUAUGGGGUCGGUUCGGGGUCAAGACCGGCUUCUUAUGUCGCUAGUUCGGACUACAAUGCUGCCCAUGGUGCUCUGGAGCCGUCGCAUCUGGCACACCCGACUCGAUUUCACGAAGAACUCGAUAACAACAACGACGACUACAACCAGCGCAAUUCCACCGUGAUGGAUGGUUCCUCUGCAGGCGGUUUGCACCGAUCCGAUUCGCAUUCAUCGCAUGCGCAGUCGGUAUCUCUCUCGAGAGGCGGAACGCUGAGGAAGAAGGGAUCGCUAAGCAAGAGGGCGAGUCUGAGACGCAGCGGAAGCCGGAAGAGUCUCCGUGCUGGCAGUGUUAGGAGUCUACAUCUAGGCGAUAAGGAGAAAUAUGGUGUUGACGGGGCCGAUAAUAUGAACAGUCCUUUUUUUGUGCCGAUCCCUACAAAUGGAAGCCCGACGGAUGUCCUAGCGAAUCGGUUUCAGGCUUGGCGCAAGGUUUUAAAAGAUCUCAUCGUUUUUUUCAAGGAUCUCCAGAAGUCGCAUGAGACCAGAUCAAAGCUAUUCCUAUCGGCUUCGAACAUCGUCAACAACGCUUCACUUCCGCCAACGUUUCUGGAAUCGGGUGGUCUGGCGGAUGCCACGGAGAUCCUGCGAGACUACCACAAGCAGGGUCUUGCUGAGGCUGCUAGGGCAAAGGAAAUCGACAACGAGGUGGUCCUGCAAUUGACGGGUCUCAGGAGUGACCUUCAACAGAAAACUAAGGAGAUUAAGAGUCUAUCUGGGGACUUCAAGAACACGGUUGAUAAGGAGGUCGAGGGGACCCGGAAGGCCGUUCGGAAUUUGCAGGAGGCAUUGGGGCUCGUCGAUCUGGAUCCUGCUGCUACAUCAGGCAAAGGUGAUCCGUUCAUCGUGAGAUUACACGUGGACAGACAGAUCGAGAAACAAAUUGAGGAGGAAAACUAUCUUCACAGGGCAUUUUUAAACCUCGAGAGCUCGGGUAGAGAGCUUGAGUCCAUAGUUGUUGGGGAAAUCCAAAAGGCAUACAAUGCAUAUGCCAACAUCCUCAAACGGGAGGCAGAGCAAGCCUUGGAUACAGCGGAGAAGCUCCGAGCUGGCCCGGUCUCGAUGCCCAGAGAUCACGAAUGGAACAGUUUCAUUGCGAACGAGGAUCAGCUAGUGGACCCGAAGACCCCGAUCCGCAGCGUGGAGAGUAUCUCUUAUCCCGGAAAGGACCAUCCCGCCGCUGCAGAAGUCAGAUCGGGGAUGCUGGAAAGGAAGAGCAAAUACUUAAAGAGUUAUACGCCUGGAUGGUAUGUGUUAUCUCCAACCCACCUCCACGAAUUUAAAUCACCAGAUCGGGUCUCCUGGCAGACUCCUGUCAUGUCACUGUAUCUGCCGGAGCAGAAACUAGGCUCCCAUUCACAGCCUGGUUCAACAUCCCACAAAUUUAUGCUCAAAGGACGCCAGACGGGAGCAAUGCACCGUGGUCAUGCUUGGGUGUUCCGCGCAGAGUCUCAUGAAACAAUGAUGGCGUGGUAUGAGGAUAUCGAGAAUCUGAUCGAAAAGACUGGAGAGGCACGAAAUGCGUUCGUUAGGCGGCAUAUGCGAAGCCUAAGCGGUGGAAGCUGGAGAGCCAGCUCGAUCAGCAGCGACGGUGCGAUGGAGGAAGACGAGGCCGAUCGAACACCCUACUCUGCCGAAUCUGUGAUGAUGAACCAAGAAGCCCCAGAAACAGAAUCGCAAGGGCCACGUCCUCAGCCAGGUGGAAGGUUCGGCAGUGACGUGCAGAUCGACCGGCAUAUAAAUGAACCUCUGUCGCCAUCCAGCGGAGAAAGUCUAGCUGAUAGGGCGCCAUGGGCAGCAGCCGCAGGAGUACCGUUAUCGCAUGCUAGCCAGCCUCCUCAGGGACAAGAAUACUACGAGGACCGUGUCGAUUACGGACAACAAGAGAGGAUGCUACCAAAUGGCACCUCUGGUCAGUCGGGCCCAGUUCGCCCAGAGAGACACAGCAGCUACUAUGGAGACUGGAUAGGACCGGUUGCUGCUACCACUACCUCCAGUCCAACUAGAAACAAUGAGCAGUUGCAGCAACGACCGGCCACGGCUUACCAAUACCACCAACUCCUGGAUGAACACCCUGAUCUUGCGCGACAACGAAGUAACAAUUCAAGCGUACCUGUCGCUACGUCGCCAUCAAUCAAUGCACGGGAUAUGUCUUACGAGCCGCAGGCGAACCGGUAUGAGAGCGCAUCAACCGUUCCCACCACUACCAAUGUUACUAGUCGCUCCAACAACACUGCUCAAACGUCACUAGACGCUGCUGCGGGUGUGGCUCCAGCUGCUGUCGUCGCAGGAACGCACCGUGACUUAAAACGCCAGGACUCUGAACGCUCACGAAGAGAUACAUCUUCCUCCCCAGGGCCAACGUCGACUCUUGCUUCCAGUGCGACGUCCCCUUUAUCGAGCAACGGGAUUAUAUACGCGAGUAUGAACCCGCAACUACAACAACAGCAACAGGAUGCGACCCGUCCGUCUGCCACGUCGAAGGAUAGCGCAACUUCGCUUGAACUACGGAUACCGGGUCGAUAUCCGCCCGCAGCUACGGCGUGA